GUAUUGCCCAUCGCGGGAAGGAAAGAAGGAACUGAUGCGGUUGUGGCGCGCUUGCAGGAUUCGGGAAUGCACGGAUAUGGGGACUUUACACAUCCGAGUCGUCGCUGGUGGAUGGGUCCGUCAUCUAGGACACGCUGGAGUUGGAAGAUUGAUUGAAGAUGAGAUCUAGAUCUGAGUUUUCGAUCAGAACCCUUACUGAACGAUUAUUGUUUCUAGUUCUCAGGCUUCUGGAUGUCACAGCUCAUACACGUUGGCAUCUGGGGCCAGGUGAAAUUGACGCGGUCCUGUGGACUCCUGCCGCGCCUGUGACGUGGCAUGGCAGUGCAAUAAACAUUGCCUCGAGACUUGCUGUACCUAUUUUAUAUAUGAAUGAUAUCGGACCCUUCCUUACCUUACCUCGUUCACAAGUGGACAAGCGCAAACGCAAAUUAUCGAGGAAUUCGAGUCAAGACACCGAAGCAACAGCUCCUGAAAGCUCGCACCGACCCCAUGGCAGAGUUGUGGAGAACACACGGGAAUUGGUACAUGAAACCAGCUAUGCUUUCAAGGUUACUGAGGGUGGUGUUAAGAGGUUAAGGAUCUCGGAUCUCGCGCUCGAAGGAUUCCCCCAGCCGCAGCCCUGUUCCCCCGCAUGAACGUGCAUCAUCGACCUCGGUUCAGGCGGCUUCGCCUGGUUUGGAAAUGGAGGUUGAUACCCAAUCGGCACUUCAGGAUACUCAAGAGGCUGUAAAGCAUAUGCAUUCACGUUC